UAGAGGACGGACACGUGAACCGGAACUCCACGCAGUGCUGUACGUUGAAUCGCUGCUGGGCGCCUGUUUGUGAUCUUUAUACAAUGUCUGCGAAAUUAAACGCCUUGAAUAGUGAUUCUUACACCGACGUUAGUCAAUACAGAGACCAACAUUUUAAGGGUAACCGCUAUGAACAGGAGAAGCUGCUGAAGCAGAGCAACACAUUGUAUGUGGGGAACCUCUCCUUCUACACCACUGAGGAGCAGGUGCACGAGCUGUUUUCUAAAAGUGGAGACGUCAAGCGCAUCAUCAUUGGCCUGGAUAAAGUCAAGAAGACUGCCUGUGGAUUCUGCUUUGUAGAAUACUACACACGAGCAGAUGCAGAACAUGCGAUGCGAUUCAUUAAUGGCACGCGGCUGGACGACCGUAUCAUCAGGACAGACUGGGAUGCCGGCUUCAAAGAAGGACGACAGUACGGCCGCGGCAAGUCUGGAGGACAGGUGAGGGAUGAGUACAGGCAGGACUACGACCCGGCCAGAGGCGGCUACGGUAAGCUGGCUCAGCAACAUCGACCCACAGAGACACGCAAUAGUUUUUAGACAGAACCCAACACGGCAGUCUGCCUGGACUACUCAGAACUUAAUCAAUUCUCCAGCGACACCACGACAUGCUACCAGAGAUUGUUGGUGCAACUUUUACCCCAAGACUCUCUACAGCAGGCCUGCAUGGACCACUGGACUUCAGAAAUUAGCAGCUUCUCUGUAGCCACCACACCUGCUGUCAGGCCAAACCCCAAUGUGUGAGAUUUGGUGUUAUUUCAUUUUCCUGUGUAUAGAAAUGCUAUUCAUUUCGCCUCAGACUGAUAAAAAGUAGUGAGAAAUGAUCUUUUUAAGUUUCAUUGUCAGUUUAAAUAAUUCCCUGCUGAAGUAAUAGAAGGGAAACAUGGUGUUAUCUUCUAAGUACUCUCCAUGAAAGAAACAUUUUGUCCCAAAUUGUGUAUACUUUUUUAAAGGAAUAAAGUUUUGUUUUUUUAAAUACAA